AUGGAGGAGAAUCACCACAAAAGAUGGAGCUCCGCCAGCUGUGCUGUGGGAGCUGCUUCCAGCUUCGCCACCACACUGGUGACCUUCCCUGUCUACAAGACCAUUUUCCGCCAGCAGCUCCACGCCUUGUCCAUCACGGAGGCCAUCAGCCAGCUGCGCCAGGAGGGUCUUGCCGGCUUUGCACGAGGCAUUGCCCCUCCGCUUCUGGCCAGGACGCUGCAAGGGGCCUUGAUGUACGGCACCCACGACAACCUCCUUCGGGCCUUCUCAGACAGGUCUCCCGGGCCUUACUCUCUGAGAGACCGAGCCUUCGCAGGCCUCCUCUCGGGCUUCCUGGAAGCGCUGGCCUUUGGCCCCUUCGAGAGGGUCCAGAACGUUCUCCAGGACGGGCGGACCGUGAGGAGAUUCCCCACAACCUGGAGCAUCCUGGAGGAAUUCAACUCCUACGCCCCCAAGGAGAGGCUGGCCCUGGGCUACUACCGAGGCCUCAGCCUCAUCCUGACCCGCAAUGGCCUGGGCUGUGCCCUCUACUUCUCCUUCAAGGACCCCCUCCGCGAUGGCCUGUCUGACAGGGGCUUGCCCUGCUGGCUCCCAGCCCUGGUGUCAGGCAGCGUGAACGGAACCGCCAUCUCCUUCCUCCUCUUCCCUCUCGGCGUCCUCAUUGCCAACGUGCAGUCUCAGGUGGGGAAGGAGGAGACCCUCAGACUCCCGGCGGCGGCUGCAGCCGUCUGGAGGGCUCGGGGCAGGAAAGCCACGCUCCUCUACAGAGGAGGGUCCCUGCUCAUCCUCCGGGCCGGAGUCACAUGGGGCCUCACCACAGCCAUCUAUGACUUACUCGUGGACAUCAGGGGCUAG